ACAUUCGCCACGCCACGUCAUCUGUCCUUGGCCCCCGCUCCGCGUCACGUUUCUUCCCUGCUCUCCAUUACCCAAAUCCAAACCCUUAACCCUCUUCUCCCCCCUUUCUCCCGCCUUAAUCUGCUACCGUCUCUCCCAUUUCCCUGCUAAACCCCACCCGGUUCACAGCGAAGAAUCUAGAGUUUCCCUAGUUAUUCGCCACCAUGAAUAUUUUCCGGCUGGCCGGCGACAUGACCCAUCUCUUCAGCGUCCUCGUCCUCCUCCUCAAGAUCUACGCCACCAAAUCUUGCUCAGGGAUCUCGCUUAAGACGCAGGAGCUGUACGCUUUGGUGUUCUUGACUCGGUACUUGGAUCUGCUCACGGAUUUCAUCUCGGUGUACAACUCUGUGAUGAAGGUUGUGUUCAUCUCGACCUCGAUUGCCAUCGUGUGGUGCAUGAAGUACCAUCCCCUGAUGCGGCGGACUUAUGACAAGGAUCAGGACACCUUCCGGCACUACAUUCUUGUCGGCGGGAGCUUUAUCGUGGCGCUGUUCUUCCAUGAUCGAUUCACAUUUCGAGAGGUGUUCUGGGCAUUCUCCAUAUACUUAGAGGCAGUGGCAAUCCUUCCUCAGUUAGUUUUGCUGCAGAGAAGCAGAAAUGUGGAUAAUUUGACUGGACAAUAUGUUUUCUUUCUUGGGGCUUACCGUGCAUUUUACCUCCUCAACUGGAUAUAUCGUUAUUUCAGAGAGGAUCAUUACAGUCAUUGGAUACCUUGGAUCGCCGGUCUUGUUCAGACAGCUCUCUAUGCUGAUUUCUUCUACUACUACUUUGUAAGUUGGAAAAAUAAUGCAAAGCUUCAGCUCCCUGCUUGAGCUACUUCCUGUGCAUAUCAUAUUCUGCAUGCUGCUGCACGCUCGGUAAUCCUAAAUCUGUUGGACUACUAAGUGAGUUCUAAGCUGAAUGAUGUGGUCAAAUAUGGAAGAGAAAUUUGUGGGAAGAAGUUAUGACCCCGUUCCCCAUUACUGCACGAAUACUCAAUGCCAUUGGGGAUUAUAGGCGUUUUAGUUACGAUAGCUUUUUUUUCUUGCUCUUUGUUCUUAUAUGUGAAAGCUAACGAUUUACUAAUUUCAGGGAGAGAGUGCCAAUCUGUAUGUAAUCAGAAUAUAAAUGUGGUCAUUUACAAGUAACAAAGCUUUUGUUCUAGUCGGGAGGAAUCCUCGGGAAUGCAUGGCACUGGGAUUGCUAUUUAUCAUUUUCAGCAA